AUGGAAGGCCAUGCCUCCGAGCCCCAGCAUCGCACCGUUGACCGGCCGUCAUCCCCAGACGAGCCAGCAGAACCCCUCGACGACGUACCGCCGAGCCCACGAACCCCGACCACCUCCGCGCAGAGCUUCACCCCACGCUCACUAAUCGUUGGCCUUAUAAUUGGAGCCCUUAUUACGUUCUCGAACACAUAUUUCGGUCUACAGACAGGAUGGAUCAGUACUAUGGCUAUGCCUUCUGCUUUGAUCGGGUUCUCGGUCUUCAAGGUCCUUACCAAGUACCUGUCGUUCCCGUUUACGCCGAUCGAGAAUGUCCUGAUCCAGACUGUAGCGGGCGCUGUUGGUACAAUGCCGCUGGGAUGCGGCUUUGUAGGUGUGAUUCCCGCUCUUGAGUUUUUGCUGAAGGACGGUGAAGAUGGACCGGCUGGAGAUGGCGGGGAAGGUGAGGGCGGACCUCUGAGGUUAGGCUUCGGCAAAUUGGUUGUCUGGAGUCUUGGAGUCUGCUUGUUCGGAGUGGUAUUCGCUGUACCUCUGCGAAAGGAGGUCAUUGUGCGGGAGAAACUGCGCUUUCCAAGUGGUACCGCCUCCGCCCUGAUGCUACGGGUUUUGCAUGGUGCGGGGAAGGACGAGAAGUUUCCUAUAGCGGCCCAGCGUCAAAGUACUGAUUUGGAUGGCGAAACCAGAUCAAUUGAUCAACAUAACGGGGAGGAGGAGACCGGCCGUUUGCUUAAAUAUACCGAUACCGAGGACCAGACAGAGGACCAGAAGGAUUGGCGGUCCAAAAUGCGCCUGUUGAUCAGUGCAUUUGUAGUAUCAGGCGUUUAUACCCUCUUUUCCUACUUUGUCCCAUUCGUCCAUGACAUUCCCUUGUUUGGAGUGGAAAUUGCCCAUAAUUGGCUAUGGACCCUCAACCCAUCACCUGCUUAUAUUGGCCAAGGCAUUAUCAUGGGACCUGAAACAUGCAUGCAUAUGCUAUUUGGGGCCGUGAUCGGUUGGGGGAUUCUCUCUCCACUUGCCAAAGCUCGUGGAUGGGCACCUGGACCUGUGGAUAGCUGGGACGACGGAAGCAAAGCCUGGAUCGUUUGGAUUUCGCUAGCUAUCAUGCUUGCUGACUCUCUGGUCAGCCUGGGAUGGCUUGUCGCUAAGCCAUUGGUCAGUCGGGCCCCUGCAUGGCUGGCCUACCUCCGCUCAACUCGACUUGUUCGAUGGAUCGCUCUAAGACUUCACCCUGGUGGUCAUUCAUACAUCGAUUACUCCUCGCUGGACUCAGAUCAUGAGCCACUGCGAUUAGAGGAUCAUGAAAAUGACCCCGAUCACGCCACCCACUGGGUGACACCUACAACAGAAGACGAGGAUGCCCCACCCUCACAGUUGAUAUCCAACCGUACAGUCAUGAUCCUGCUACCACUAACCCUAAUCCUGAACGUGGUCUGCAUGCACUACGCUUUCGGCGACAUCAUAUCCCCAUGGCUAUCAACACUAGCCACCCUCCUCGCAGUACUCCUAUCUAUAAUGGGCGUACGAGCCUUAGGCGAAACAGAUCUGAACCCAGUAUCUGGCAUCAGCAAACUAACCCAACUCCUCUUCUCCCUCGCCACACCGUCAUCACACUUCUCCCGCCGCACCGCACUAGUAACAAACCUCCUCGCCGGCGCCGUCUCCGAAUCUGGCGCCCUCCAAGCCGGCGACAUGAUGCAGGACCUGAAAACAGGCCACCUCCUCGGCGCAAGCCCCAAAGCCCAAUUCUACGGCCAGAUGAUCGGCAGCGUUGUCGGCGCUGUGCUUUCCACGGCCGUGUACAAGAUGUACGUAAACGUUUACGAAGUUCCCGGCGACAUGUUCCAGACACCCACAGCGUUUGUCUGGAUAUUCACUGCGCGACUCGUAACCGGCCAGGGUCUUCCUGAGAUGGCGUGGCAGGCAUCUUUCGUUGCGGGAUCUAUCUGGGUGGCACUGACAGCCGCGCGUAUCGUUGCUGCUUCGCCUUCAUUUGCCCACAACGGCCAACCACCAGUUUGGAGGUCUUGGAUUCCAGGUGGCAUUGCCGUUGCCGUGGGCAUGUUCAAUGUUCCUUCUUUCACUCUUGCCCGAGCUAUUGGUGGUAUCAUUGCUUGGUGGUGGGCAAGAAAGCACGCAGCGCCCGCGAACAGUCGUCCUGGAUCCAGUGGAGCUGUGGAUGGUGCUGGCACUGUAGAUGGAGACUCCACGCGCGGUCAAUCCUACUCUCCUGAGCAGGUAGCUGAGAAGGCGGACGUGGCUUCUUCGACUGUCGUUGUUCUGGCCUCGGGUCUGAUUCUCGGAGAGGGAAUCAUGAGUAUUGUCAAUCUGCUUCUGGCAAGUGGUAAGGUGCCUCAUCUUUAA